AUGCCGCCGUUGACGAUGAUAUCAUCAUCGAUGAAAAUGGUGAAGAGUGCGCAUACCUUACUAACUUGCUUUUUUGGAAAUGAUUCAGAUCCACCGUCACAAGGGAAGUCUUUUUCACGAAGUUCACCAGCACCGCUCGACGACUGUUCGCCAUCUCCUACGGAGACAGCUUCGUUUAUGAAAUCCGAAAGGACACCGCUUGCGCCAGUGGAUGCCGGACGAAAAUGCUUUGGAAAAAGAAAAUAUCCGUAUACGUCGAAGUCUGAGAAAGCUAGUGCCAUUGAAGCUGUCCACAAAGCGACAGACGCCGUGAGGGAGCAACUUCAAGAGAUGAAACACAAUGCACCCAUUGAUGAGUACUACCAUUUCGGGAAUUAUGUAUCGCAAACUCUGAGGAGUUUGCCAAAAGCAUUGGUUCACGAACAGAUGGCACUGAUCGCUCAAGUUUUUGCUUACGACGACAUCACCUUCAUCACUACGAAGCCAGACCACCCUGCAAGAUGGAAUUGGUCAGCAUUAUGA